GCCUCCAGCGUCCACCAGCCAUGGCUGGGCUCUGCCAGACGCUGCUCCGCAGGUCUGUCCUGCGCCACUCUCUGACCCUGACCCUCUCUGUCCUCCUCUCCUGCUGCUGCCCUGCUCUAGGCAAGAAGAAGCUCUACAUCGGAGCCCUCUUCCCCAUGAGUGGAGGCUGGCCCGGCGGACAAGCCUGCCUCCCCUCCGCUCAGAUGGCGCUGGACCUGGUGAACAAAAGGACCGACAUCCUGCCGGACUACGAACUGGAGCUGAUCCACUACGACAGUAUGUGUGAUCCAGGUGAGGCCACCAAGCUGCUGUACGACCUCCUGUACACAGAGCCCAUUAAAAUCGUGCUGAUGCCGGGCUGCAGCUCCGUGUCCACGCUGGUGGCCGAGGCUGCUCGUAUGUGGAACCUCAUCGUGCUGUCAUAUGGCUCCAGUUCUCCGGCUCUGUCCAACCGCCAGCGUUUCCCCACCUUCUUCCGCACCCAUCCGUCUGCCACUCUGCACAACCCCACCCGGGUGCAGCUCUUCCAGAAGUGGAAAUGGACCAAGAUUGCCACCAUUCAGCAAACAACAGAAGUUUUUACAUCAACCCUGGAUGAUCUGGAGGAGAGGGUGAAAGAGGCGGGGAUUGAAAUCAGUGUUCGUCAGAGUUUCCUCACUGACCCUGCUGUGGCCGUCAAAAACCUCAAGCGCCAAGAUGCCCGAAUUAUUGUCGGCCUGUUCUACGAGACGGAGGCCAGGAAGGUCUUCUGUGAGGUCUACAAGGAGAAGCUGUAUGGCAAAAAGUAUGUGUGGUUCCUCAUCGGCUGGUACGCAGACAACUGGUUUAAGAUCAAGGACCCGUCCAUCAACUGCACCGUGGAGCAGAUGACAGAGGCUGUCGAGGGUCAUGUGACCACUGAGAUCGUCAUGCUCAACCCAGAGACGGUGCGAGGAGCCUCCAACCUGACCUCUCAGGAGUUUCUUGCCCAGCUGAUGUCUAAACUCGGGGGCAAAAAUCCAGAGGAGACGGGCGGCUUCCAGGAGGCCCCACUGGCCUAUGACGCUGUGUGGGCCCUGGCCCUGGCCCUCAACAAGACUGUGGGGCCCCUAAAGGCCAAGGGUCACCGGCUAGAAGAUUUCAACUACAACAACCGAGAUAUCACCGCAGAGAUCUACCGAGCCAUGAACACCAGCUCCUUCGAAGGAGUCUCAGGUCACGUUGUAUUUGAUGCUCAAGGUUCUCGAAUGGCCUGGACUCUUAUUGAACAGCUUCAAGGAGGGAGCUAUAAGAAGAUUGGAUACUACGACAGCACUAAAGGCAAUCUGUCCUGGUAUGGGAAUGACAAGUGGAUAGGCUCAGGACCCCCUGCAGACCAGACGGUGGUUAUCGAGGAGUUUCGAUACCUCUCCCAGAAGCUCUUUGUGUCUGUGUCUGUCUUUGCCGGGUUGGGAAUCCUGCUGGGAAUCAUCUGCCUCACCUUCAACAUCUACAACAGCAACGUCAGGUACAUCCAGAACUCUCAGCCAUACCUGAACAACAUGACUGCAGUGGGCUGCAUGAUGGCUCUGGCUGCUGUCUUCCCUCUGGGCAUCGACGGCCUUCAUGUCCACAGGAGGCAGUUCCCUGUGGUCUGCCAGUUUCGCCUGUGGCUGCUGGGUCUGGGAUUCAGCCUCGCGUACGGCAGCAUGUUCACCAAGAUCUGGUGGGUCCACACCGUCUUCACCAAGAAGGAUGAGAAGAAGGAUAAGAGGAAGCACCUGGAACCGUGGAAACUUUACGCUACUGUUGGCGUUCUGCUCGGCAUCGACGUCCUGUCACUCAUGAUCUGGCAGAUCGUGGAUCCUCUGCACAUCACAGUGGAGAAAUUCACCAGAGAAGCCCCCAAAGGAGACCUGGAUGUUUUGAUUCAGCCUUUACUGGAGCACUGCAGCUCAGAGAAGAUGAACACCUGGCUGGGCGUGGUGUACGGUUACAAAGGCUUACUGCUGCUGCUCGGCAUCUUCCUGGCCUACGAGACCAAGUCCAUCUCCACAGAGAAGAUCAACGACCACCGGGCUGUGGGCAUGGCCAUCUAUAAUGUUGCUGUGCUGUGUAUGAUCACGGCGCCAGUCACCAUGAUCCUGUCCUCCCAGCAGGACGCCUCUUUCGCCUUCGCCUCCUUGGCCAUCGUCUUCUCGGUCUACAUCACGCUGGUGGUUCUGUUCGUCCCCAAGAUGCGGCGUCUGAUCACACGUGGGGAGUGGCAGUCAGACGCCCAGGAGACCAUGAAGACUGGCUCCUCCACCAACAACAAUGACGAGGAAAAGUCCAGACAGCUGGAGAGAGAGAACAAGGAGCUGCAGAAGAUCAUCCAGGAGAAAGAAGAGCGUGUGUCGGAGCUGAGGAACCAGCUAUCUGAGCGACAGGCCCUGCGAUCGAGGAGAAGAGCCUCCACUGUCACCAAUCAGAACCACAGCCCCCCGCCUCUCACCGUCCCCCACAGCGACCCCAGGUCCCUUGCCCCUCCUCCAGGAUACCCCGCCCCCACCUCUGACCCCCACCCUGUCCCUCCGUCCUUUGCCAACUCAUCCAGCCUCUACCAGCCGGACAGCAAGAUUAGCAGAAAUAACUGCCACACCAGCCGGUUACAGCUGCUCUACAAGUGAAGUGGUGGUGAACAGCAGUGAGGUGGGGGCAGUAGUGACGAUAAUUGCUACAUGGAGAUGGAGAAAAUGAAGUUCAAAACCCUGUUUGAGAAUAAAUCAGAGUCUGACUCCAAAACUCACACCACUAAUCAGCAGAGGCUGGAUGAUGACCAGUGAGGCUUGACAUCUCCACCUCUGUCCCUCCUUCAGAUUUGAUCAACCUUAUUUUUCUGCUGUAGAUACAUCACAUUGUUUAUUAUAAAAUGUUGCCUCUGUCAUCUGCCAGUGGUUCAUCGUGUGCCAUUCAGAGUUUGAGAAGAAAAUGGCUCAGAAUCAACCCUUCAGUCAGUCAGCUGCAGCUACAACCUGUCAGGUUUUUCCAUUGUAACACUGCACAUAGAGUAAUGGUGGCAGAUUCACCAUCAGUCAAUGGUGAGACAAAAGCAGCUUCUCAUUUUUGGCAGCUGACUUUAUUUAACGAUUUAUUUUCUAAUCAAGUUAGCAUUAAGGUUACAUCCAUGAGCUUGUUGAAGAUGAGAACCCCGUACAUCAUAUGCACAUGAUGGAUACAUACAUGUCACUGUGCUAAAACACUGCAGCUAAAGGGAAAAAGUCUGUAUCUCCACCAACUGAUGAUCCAUGUAAGAAGACCUGGAAAUAAGGGAGCAGUAUUGUUCUUGUACUGCAGGUUAGCUAGUAAGCCCAAGGAUUGUUGUGCAGUAUCAUACAGAAAAUAUGAAAUCAAACAGUUAUUUUUUUCUAACAUAGAUAUGAUUUAUAGGUCACUAUAACCACUAUGAUUUACUGCUACAGGGGAAAAGGCCUUGAGGAUGAAAACUAACCAGGGAGUUUGGUGUCUCCUGCUAUCUCGGAUAAACCUGCACUAAUAGCUGCUAACAUUAGCCUAAACUUUGAUAUAGCUGCAUCCAGGACCGGCCGCCACACUGUAUAUUGCAGUCCUGAAUGCAACCCCUCAAAUUAACAAAUGACUCUCACUGUACGUUCAGACCGAAAGCAACGAGAACAUCAAAGUGACAGGAAGUCAGUCAUUUUCUAUGUCUAUGUCUCUUGGCAUGGAGCAGCAGCAUGCCCCUUAGCGGCGCGCCCUGGGCAGUGUGGAUGUCAGAAAAAGUUGAAGUCUAGACAACUUUAUGGUAAUGAGCUAUGACAUGGUUCGGCAGCAACCAAUCAGAGUAAGAGCAUUCCCUACUGCUCCACUCUAGAGAACACAACUGUUUAAUUGUUUCCCAUCAAGUAUUUGUUCACGAGCACAACAGAGGAGAAGUUGAUAAUUGCGGUGGUGGGUUUCCCUCCUUUACGACGUGUCCGUUUGCUCUGGGACUUAAAUAAAAAAUAAUAGCACAUGGACAAAGGUGUUUGAUGAAGUGAAGCCUAUAAUGUAUUUUAAGAUAAUAGGAGGGAAUUUCAUGCUAACUAGCGCCCUAGCAUGCAGAACGUGUUGACAAUUUGAUGCGGUAACGUUAAUGUCGAUAAUUUAAACGAUUUCAUGUGGCUUACAUAUACACUACUUGUAGUCAGUUGGCACAAAGAUACAGGUUGACAUGUCAGUUUCAUUUGCCCUUUAGAUUAAGUUUGUAAGACCUAGCAUUCUGAACAAACUUGCUAGUUGCAUCUACGUCAGAGUGCCCACUAACUUCAACAGCGUCCUUGUCUGGGCAGUCAAAAUGAAUUUUUGUGUCUCGCCGAAAGUUACUGUUAGCAAAUACACUUAACCUUGGAUGUAACGCUACAUUACUUCUGUAUGUAGUAAGCUAGUUAGCCAAACAUGCUUACCUUUGCUGCUCGCGUUAUAGUUAACACUGCGUUUAUUAAGAGCGAUAUUUUCCAUACAAAGUAUUAGGAAGGGGGUGUUUUUUUAUAUAUGGUGUUUGUGUAGAUUUAGCCUGCAUCUUUUAGCAUGAUAUCAUGUAUGUAGCCUUCAAGCGCAGAUUCAAGAUGCCUCAUUGUCAAACAAGUCAGUUAGAAACACUUUAAAGUCAUUAUCAGUGAGCCAUCUCAUCAUGAGAUCAUAUCAUGAAUCAGAAAACCCUGAUGAAAUCUUUUAGCCACAUUUGUCAUUUUUAGCCGCCAAAAUAAACUAGAAAUGAGAAACUGCUUUUCCAAUCUGAUGUGACACAGCAUUUAUCAUAUCUGUACCUUACAAUAUUGUUUUAAUAGGCUGGACAAACACACGGACUUCAUAACAAGUGGUGACAGUUGAUGACUGACUUACUGGUUGUAUCCAUGACAUGAUGAGCUUUGUCACUGUGGCUCUUCUUGUGAAGUGUUUGAUGGUGGUUUUUAUAUCGAUACCAGUCUCCGUUCAGAGAGACUGACACGUCAUUGUACAUAAUUGUGUGUUCAUGAGAAACCCCCUCACUGUGGAUGAACCCAGGCCUUUGGAUUCAGGGCUGAAGAGAACGAUAAGCUGCUGUCAUUGACUGUGAAUUACAUUGAACUAAAAGCAUUCAUUGAAACACCUUCAUGUGUUUAAUGUUAUGUCUGGGUGUUUCAUUUUCUUCUGGAGAAGACGGAUAAACACCAGAAAUUCAAUGCAGUAGUCCAGCUGCUUGGAAUCUGUUGGUUUGUAAUAUUUAACCUCGAUGCUGUAUGAGAAAGAUAUUAAACUGGUACAUUGCAGUACAGAGCAGCUGAUACAUGAGGUUUGUAUUCAAUUUACAUAUUUGUAUGUGACGUUUUGACAUUUGAAUCAAAAAACCUUGUUUUUUCUCGGUAUGGUUUUUUGAAGACAGACUGUAUUGAACAUCAGAUUUACAUCACAUCUAAACUUCAAUUUCUGUGACAGUAUUUUUAGGGACUGACGCAAAACAAAGCUGCACCGAUUUAACUUACUGUUUCUGAAUCAUCACACGUCGCACACUUAAUUUAACAAGAAAUGAUUUAAGCACAUCCAGUCAUUAAAGUGAGUCAAGAGAACCAAAGUCAGCCAGUGAAAACAAGGAACAGGACCAUGUUUAGAUUCAUUAUUAGGGAGUCAAGUAUGGAUCAUUUAGGGACUCCACAGCUCAAGAUUGUCAAUAAAAUAUCUUAAAUUUUA